AUGUCCCCCAAAGUUUUCCAAAAUUGGAAAGAAGCACAGAUUAUCAUAGCUGUGAUUCUCAUAAUUGCAGUUGCUUGGUUGGUUGUUACUGUGUCGAUACUUGCAGUAUCAUACUUCAUUUUUGUCUCUUGGAGAAAAAGGAGCAAAUCUUCUCAAGGCUCGGCAUUGAGAAUAGGAGAGCCCUUCUCAAAACUAUCCUAUGGCAUGCUUUCGAAAGCAACCAAUAGAUUUUCAGAGGAAAACUUAUUGGGCAUUGGUCAUUUUGGGUUUGUUUAUAGAGGUAUCCUUGACGUAGAGAGGAACAUGGUUGUGGCUAUUAAAGUAUUCCAACUUCCACAGAGGGGAGCUGCCAAGAGUUUCAUGGUUGAGUGCGAAGCAUUGAGAAAUACCCGUCAUAGGAACUUGCUUAAAAUUCAAACUGUUUGUUCUAGUACUGAUUUUCAAGGGAAUGAUUUCAAGGCAUUGGUUUAUGAGUUCAUGCCAAAUGGAAAUCUCCAUCAAUGUAUUCAUUCCGAUCAAAAGCAAAGUGGCUUAAGCCUUUCCCAGAGACUCACCAUUGCCGUUGAUGUGGCAUGUUGA